AUGGAGCUUGAGCUUUUCAGCAUCACAGUCCUUGGUGGCUGCAGAUGUGGCAAGACCACCCUGAUCAAUGCCUUCGUGAACAAUUACUGCCCCACCGUGCUGGAGGAGACAGAGAGCGCGCAGCUCUACUACAAGACGCUCAGCGUGACCUCCAAAGGGGAUGCCGCCGCGCCACCGCAGCCUGCUCUUGUCGAGAUCGAGGAUACCUAUGCGGCCUCCAAGACUGACGGCAUGGAUGCGUACGAACAGCCUCGGAAGAUAGAAGACUUUCUCCGAAUGGAUCGAGGGGUGUACGCAGAUGGGGAGGCCGUGGAGCUGCUGCAGGGCUUCGAAACACCGGAGGUUGGGGAGUACCGCCCUCUGUCAUCUCAGCGCAUGGCAUUCAUGCUCGUCUUCGACUGCACGUCCCGGACUUCGCUCAAGGAGGCACAAGACCUUCACAAUGCCUUGAGACUGGACAUCGACGCCGCCACGAGACCUGUGGUGUGUUUGGUUGCAAGCCGUCUGGAUGCGGAUGUCACAGAUGGAGAGCAUCGUCGUGCGGCGCAAAGAUACGCCAAAGACAGCAAUAUCUCCUACUUCGAGCUUUCCGCCUAUGACCUGAAGAAGGUAAAACAGCUUUUUCGAAGCGUCCUCAGCGAGAUCUACUCCAGAGAAGAUCUGUGGAGGCACAUGCAAAAGCGACGAAAGGCCUUCAGUCGUGUGGAGGACAUCGACAAGAAUGAGUUCGACAAUGAGAACAGCCGAGAGGCACAGAAGCAGGCCGAGGAGGAGGAGUACACUCGGCUGGAACGCGAGGCUGCCGAGGCAGCCCGGGAGAACAAGGUGCGACUGUCCCGAGCAGCUGAAGCCGCUGAGGCCGAAGAGCGACGCCGUCAAGCCAGUGAGGAAGAGCGGCGUCGGAGCACACAGGAGGCGUCAAAAGCAGCGCUGCACCAGCCAGCGGAGCAGGAGGAGGAGAAGUGUCUCAAUUUGGGGCAGCAAGACCUGGUGCCCUCCGAGCCACAGGUCAAGGCGAUCGCCGCAGUGCGCUCAGAGCCGCAGCCGCUCGUGGCGGCUCGUGUUCGCUUCGCGCGCUUCUUUCGCGCCAGAAGCAAGUUCGUCUCGGAGGCCGACUUCGCGCCUCCUUUGCCGCCACCCUCAUCGCCUCCUCCAGCGAACAGCCAGACCUUAAGCGAAGAUCGCUUUGGUCUUGCCAGAUGGUUGCCACCAUCCUUCUUUUCGUCCGUACGCACGAAAACAUCUACCCAGCAUGGCUGCACUGGGAUUUGUCAGUGCCGCACCGCCGGCCUCUCCAACGACACCUUUGAAGGCACCCCGAUCCGCAUCUGCGUCAACGGCAUCCGGACUGGGAGGCACACACGUCUUGGCAGUCUCAGCAACUGGUGGCAUUCUCUUGGCAGUUCGGCGGACAAGGCAGAGGAGCAGCGCAAAAAGUCGCGCCUCGGCGAGCCGUGUGGCCUGCAAGGGCCAGCUGCUGGACAAAGUCGAGAAGAAAGAGCAAGCGCCGAAAGCUCCGAAGGAGCUAAAAGAGCAGCCGGCACAAGCGGUCGCAUCAUCUUCAUGCUGGGGAGCGCAGUCCUCUUGGCUUGUGGGGUACUUGGACGCUUGGGAACCGCAAAGGAGGCGCCCUUCUUCGAGCUGGCACAGGAGAAGGAGGAGCCAGUGAGGCGAUGCAGCCAUUCCUGGUGUGAUCCGGGUCCGGUUGAAAGCCGCCUGGAUGACUUGGUGGCACAGCUUACCGUCGAGGAGAAGAUUCUACAACUCAGCAACGACCUCUUCGGUGGCGUUCCAUCAGUCGAGCGGCUGGGCCUGGGUGGCUACAACUACAUCAAGGAAGCAGCCCACGGUCUUCUGCUGCGAGGCAGCACUCCAGAGCCGACAUCCUUCCCUCAAGUUGUGACGAUGGCAGCCUCCUUCAACAGGAGCCUCUUCAAGUCCGUCGGCCAAGCAGUUGGAAGAGAAGCUCGUUUCCUUCGAGAGAAUGGCCUGCGCUAUGGCGACUGGAAAGGACGGCUGACAGGACUUCUGCUGCAGUUCAACAUCAACAUUUUCCGCGAUCCUCGCUGGGGGCGUGGUCAGGAGACUCCGGGUGAAGACCCGUAUCUGUCCGGUCAGUUCGCAGCCAGCUACGUAUCUGGCAUUCAGAGCCUGGUCGGAGAUGGGAUUCCACAAGCUGCGGCAUCAUGCAAGCACUUCGCGGCCUACUCGUUUGAAGGCGGUCCUACGCAACUGAACAAGACAGAGCACAUGCGCCACUUCAUCCCGGGUGCUUCCAAUGUUAGCCGGCACAACGAGAACGCCGUGGUCUCGCCGCAAGACCUGACCGAGUCCUACUUUCCAGCCUUCGAGGCCUGUGCUCGUGCUGGAGCUCUGGGCUCGAUGUGCGCUUACAACCAGGUCAACGGCGUUCCCUCCUGCGCCAGCAGCGAGCUGCUUCGAAGCAAGCUUCGAGAAGAAUGGGGAUUUCGUGGCAUGAUUGUCACAGAUUGCGACUCCAUUGCAGACAUGUAUUCUCUACAACGGUACCGCGACACACCGGCCGAGAACAUCGAAGUCGCGCUAGCGGCUGGGACCGACGUGGCGUGCAGCCCAGGCUUCUUCCGAGAGUACGCCAACGCAUCCAUGGAGCCGCUUCUGACGGAGGCAGUCAAGAACGCACUCCGCGUUCGUUUCAUCCUCGGCGAGUUUGACCCACCGCCUGCUGACAUUCCCGGCAGCUGGGAGAAGGCCUCGGCCGGACAUGUGGAGCUAGCGAUGGAGGCUGCCCUCCAAGGGGCCGUGCUGCUGAAGAACGAGGGCCACAUGCUGCCGCUCGCCGCAGAGCAGCGGGUUGCUGUUCUCGGCCCUCUGCGAAAUGCCACGCGGAGCAUUCUCGGCAAUUACGAGGCUUGGCCGGUGCCCGUCGUGACUCCCCUGGCCGGCCUCAAGAAGUUUGGUCACCACGUCGAAGCUCCCGGCCCCGAGGUUGAAAUUUGUGGCGCGGCGGGAAGCUCGAUGCCAGAGAAGCCUGAUGCAGAGGUGGUGGUCGUGGUGGCUGGGCUGACUGCAGACGACUUGGAGGUCCAGGAUCCGGACAUCCGGCCGGUGGCAUCCGAGUUCUGCAAAGCAGGUUGCCUCGAGACGGAGGGCUGCGACCGACCCAACAUCUCAUGGCCCCGCUCGCAAGCGGAGCUCAUUGCCACCGCAGCAACCUGGGGUAUCCCAGUCGUUCUGGUGGUGAUCAGUGGUGGCCCGGUGGACUUGGCUGAGUAUGCCCAGAUGGACGGCAUCCACUCCAUUUUAUGGCUGGGCUACUCGGGGGAAGCUGCCGGCGAAGCUCUGGGGAGGCUUGUCUACGGACUGGCGUCUCCAAGCGGACGCCUUUCGCAGACUUUCUAUCGCAAGGAGUACACAGCCCACGUGGCCAUGCAAGACUACAGCUUUCGUCCUCGCACAGAGGAUGGCUAUCCAGGAAGAGGCUAUCGCUUCGUAUCAGACAGAUGGAUAGUAUAUCCUUUCGGUCAUGGCCUGUCAUUUGACAGCUUCAGUUUCGACUGGUUGGCCGACCAUACUUUUGAGGGCAGGUGCCAAGUUGGCGUUCGUGUUCAGCCCUUGUACAGCGAGGCUUUAAGGACGCGUUCGACCUCAACUUCCGUGCUGCUCUUUUUGGUACCCCCUCCGGGCAAGUCUGGGCUCCGGAAGAAGCUUGUGGACUUCCAGAAAGUGGAGUUUCCCCCAGCGAGGUCCCAGGAGAACAGGUGGAGAGACCUCUACUUCGAGCUGAGCCCGAGUGACAUCGAGCUCGUGGAUGAAGCAGGCGCUGCUUCCGUGGCAGGGGGAGCCUGGACGCUGCAGGUAAACGAGCCUCCAGAGCUGAGGUACCCAGCCAAAGUUCCACCUGUGGAGGCGAGGGAGGCGGACAUCGAUGGCUGGACCUUCUUUGCUAGGUUCUCUGGCGCCUUGUGGGAGACUUUCAUUGACGUCGCGACUUCGCGUGGUCCUCGCGAACAGAAAGGGUGGGAAUACCGCAAAGGAAUCGAAGGCAUGUCGAUGGGAAGCAUGGCUUUUGAAAUGAUGACGACGCAGGGGGCCAAGUGUGCAAUCCAUGCGCAGAGGUUGAGAAAGAUUCUAACAGAGGUCUCCAUUGCAUAUGUGAGGUCUGAAGACACGGAGGAGUUCAAGGAGUUGUCCAAGGAGUACCAGUCUGGCUAUGGAGUCAAGAGCCUAGCAGAGCAAGACAAACAGCAAGAACUGUCGUCUGUGCAUAUGCUUCUCCACAAGGUGCGAAAGCUUCAAGGCCGGAUGGACGUCUCUGCCCAGGAGUUCCAUCCGGAGUCCAGCUGCCACCCGUACAUGAUGCAGCCCCAGGUGAUUGGCAUGUUUGACAUGGCGACCUUGCAGAUGCUAGAUGCAUCCAAAUGGGGUACACCUGUAAUGCUGGCCAGUCCGAUGAGUUCCCCGAUGAUGGAGAGCCAGUUUACCCAGGCACCGCCGAACAAGGCCAUGCAAAUCAAGAGUCCCACGACGGGUGAAGUGCUGAACCCGGAGACGCUGAAGCGCCAGACAUCGCAAUCAAGUGAACAAAACCCUUCUCCCGAAGGAGAUGGCUCAGAUGUGCAGGAUGCAACGAAGGAUGCGACAGCGGCCAAGGUGAAGGCGUUUGAUGCACGAGCUCGUGCAGAAUUCAGAGCUACCGCAGCACUGGCUUCGAGUCGAUUGCGCUCCAUGAAGCUUCGCCCGGACCACUCGACCUUCAGCGCUUUAAACGUGGACACCCUGCCUAGCAAGCCAAAGAGCUCGCCCUUGGCUUCCACUUGCGAAGGUGGAAACAUCCUCUUGCGCCCUUGCCGGCCCAUAAAGGAAAAGCCAACGAGCCGCAUCUCCCGGCCUUUGCCAGAGGUGCCUGGCUUCCCCUUCGACAAAGUCCCGGCCUCCACUGCCCAGAUGCUUGCGGUUUUGUCUCUAGAGCCUGGACUUGGAAAGGCAUCCAAGUCGAGCAAGUCAGCAGCAAAGGUGCGAAGUGCGGCUCCUGCUCCGCCCAAGCCGUGGCAGUCGGAGGCUGCCAAGAAGGCGAGGGAAGUCAGCCAAGCAAGCCAAGCGAGCCAAGCGAGCAAGCCGCCCUCAAGUUCUGGCGAGGCCAAGCCUAAGCAGGAUGAGGAAGCCGACGCACGCACACCCCAGACAGAUCUCAAGAAAGCCAGCGACGAGGAUGGCAAGGCUCAGUCCAAACGAUCCUUGUCUCCGGCUGAACGUUCCACAUCGGCAGCGUCGCAGGAAGGACCACCAGUGUCCCAGAAAACACGCUGGGCAGAUGUAGCAUCUGAUGACGAGGAAUGCCCUUGGCAGACUCAGGCCAAGUCGAGCGAGGAGGAGAUCACGCAGGAUAGCAGACAGAUCUCCGCAGCAGAGGAGACUCCUCAGGAAAGGAGCUUUGCGUCCCCCGGGAGUUUCUCCAAGACUCGUUGGGCAGAUGUGGACUCGGACGAUGACCAGCUGUUACCGAGCGGGGAGGAAGACGAGUCAAGCAACUCCCCAGCUGAGGUCCGAGGAAGCACGGCGAGGACGCGAGGCGACGCGAGGUGCGGUGAGGCUUCCAAGAAGAAGGCUGAGGACCGGAAGGACGCAGUAAAGGCAGAAGCGAGCUCCAAGGACAAGAAGUCUGCAAGCGACGAGGAGGACGUUAAGUUGCCGAACGAGGAGCAGGUGUCGCCGAAGACACGUUGGGCAGAUGUUCAGUCCGACGACGAUCAACUUCUUCCGAGCGCAGACGACGAUACCGACAAGGAUGACGCCUCGGAAGAAGCCGGCGAGUGGCAAGAGGUCAAAAGACAGACUAAGCCAAAGGUGCCAAAGGCCCUCAAGCCUGAGGGACGCAGGCACCAUGAGGAGCGCCCUCGCGAGCGCCGCGACGACCGUCGGCGGAAGGACACCACAAGCAAGGACGGAGAUACCCAGCCGCCCAGGAGGAGGCGCGAUGGGAAGAGGAAUCCACGAGACAACGACUGGAAAAGAACAGGAGGAGGCGAGAGCCAGCAGCGUCGGGUGCGCUGA